GCCGGGAAGUUGCUACCGAUGCUACGCUUACGCCUCUGUGUUUCUCCGAUUAGGAGAUUUACAUUUCAACAGAGACGUCUCCAUGACGUCUCCAUAACAUCUCAGCAUCACUACGCCGCCGCAUCGAUCCCUACCCUCCUUCGCCUCCUAACUAAUUGCAAAAGCAUCGAUUCACUUCGGAAAGCUCACGUGAUCUUAACUGUGACUGGCUCCACGUGUGACAUCUCACGUGCCACUAAGCUCGUGAGUCUCUACGGUUCCUUUGGGUGUACUAAAGACGCACGCUUGGUGUUCGAUCAAAUUCCUGAACCAGAUUUUUAUCUAUGGAAAGUAAUGCUCAGCUGUUAUCACCAGAACAGAGAGAGCCUCGAAGUCGUAAAGAUUUAUUCUUUGAUGAGGAAACACGGUUUAGAUAACAUUGUUUUCUCCAUAGCUUUGAAAGCGUGUGCUGAGAUGUGUGAUUUGGAUAACGGGAGGAAGAUACAUUGCGAUGUUUUUAAGGUGGAAGGCUGUGAUGAGAUUGUGUUAACAGGGGUUGUUGAUAUGUAUGGUAAGUGUGGAGAGAUGAAGAGUGCUUGUCGAGUUUUUGAAGGUAUUGCUUUGAGGAAUGUGGUUUCUUGGACUUCUAUGAUUGCUGGGUUUGUGAAGAACGGUUUGUGUGAAGAAGGGUUGGGUGUGUUUAAUAAGAUGAGGGGAAGCUCUGUUUUGGGUAAUGAGGUUACGUACGGUACUCUUGUUACGGCUUGUGGAAAGCUUGGUGUGUUACAUCAAGGAAAGUGGUUACAUGGUUGUUUGAUUAAGAGUGGGAUAGAGAUGGGAUCGUGUUUGGUGACUUCUCUGUUGGAUAUGUAUGUUAAGUGUGGUGAUGUAAGUAAUGCGCGUCGAGUUUUUGAUGAUUAUUCUCAUGUGGAUCUUGUUAUGUGGACAGCUAUGAUUGUGGGAUAUACACAUAAUGGAAGUGCCAAUGAGGCUUUGAGCUUGUUUCAGAGAAUGAAAGAGGUUGGAAUCAAGCCUAAUUGUGUUACCGUUGCAAGUGUUUUGUCGGGUUGUGGUUUGGUUGGGAAUCUUGAACUGGGAAGGUUAGUUCAUGGCUUAUCUAUUAAAGCUGGUCUUUGGGAUACAAAUGUUGCUAAUGCUUUGGUUCACAUGUAUGCCAAGUGUUAUCAGAAUAGAGAAGCUAUGUAUGUGUUUGAAAUGGAGUCAGAGAAAGAUUUAGUUGCUUGGAAUUCUAUAAUUUCAGGGUUUUCACAAAACGGAUCUGUCCAUGAAGCUUUGUUUCUGUUCCAUCGCAUGAACUCAGAAUCUGUGACGCCUAAUGGUGUAACAGUUGCGAGUCUCUUCUCAGCAUGUGCUUCUUUAGGGUCUCUAGCCUUAGGUUCCUCUCUUCAUGCUUAUUCCCUGAAACUGGGUUUCUUGGCAUCAUCUAGUGUUCAUGUUGGUACUGCGCUCUUGGACUUCUACGCCAAAUGUGGGGAUGCUGAAUCAGCUCGUGCUGUUUUCAACACUAUAGAGGACAAAAAUACAAUCACAUGGAGUGCUAUGAUAGGAGGCUACGGAAAGCAAGGGGACAGAGAAGGCUCUAUUGAGCUAUUUGAAGAGAUGCUUAAAAAGGAACAAAAGCCAAACGAGUCAACCUUCACAUCUAUUUUAUCAGCUUGUAGUCAUACGGGGAUGGUUAACGAAGGAAAGAAGUACUUUAACUCAAUGUACAAAGACUACAACGUCACGCCUUCCACAAAACACUACACAUGUAUGGUUGAUAUGCUAGCAAGAGCAGGUGAGCUUGAGCAAGCCUUGGACGUGAUCGAGAAGAUGCCAAUUCAACCAGACGUGAGAUGUUUUGCAGCAUUUCUCCAUGGAUGUGGAAUGCAUUCAAGAUUUGAUCUCGGGGAGAUUGUGAUCAAGAAGAUGCUUGAUUUGCAUCCUGAUGAUGCAUCAUAUUAUGUCCUUGUGUCUAAUUUGUAUGCAUCGGAUGGAAGGUGGAGCCAGGCUAAAGAAGUGCGGAAUCUGAUGAAGCAAAGAGGUCUUAGCAAGGUCGCAGGUCAUAGCACAAUGGAAACUGAGUUGUUAUAG